AUGAUUCCUGAUUCAAGUUUGGAACCCGUCACAGUCACUUGUGUACCUGUUGUCCCAGACAAACCAUCUCAGAAGAUUAUACCUAUCCAACAUAGUUCAACAAAAGGACUUACAUCCCAGUCCCUAAAGCGUAAAGGAAGGCCAACAUUUAUCGCCAUCCCGCCACUGUUCAACACAGCACAUGAAACACAAGAUGAUUUGCAGUAUUCUCCCUGGUCCUCUCCAGAUCUAGGUUCGUCCCAUUCCCUCUGGGAAGAUCAAGGUCCCGUCUCACCAGGUCAUCCCAUUUCUCCCUGGUCAUCCUCUUCCAAUGAUCAAAGUCCACACUCUUACCCACCACACCCAUCCUUUAUCUAA